UUUUCAGCUCAUCUUUCCAGAUGUUUUCUCUAACUCUUCGGUUUCUUAUAGUUGAAGAAAAUAUGUUUAUUUUCUUUCUGCAGCUAUGUUACUGAUACUCCUUCAUUUGUUUAAUGGUUAUAAAGAGAGUGGUAGUAAAACUGAGCAUCCUGAAGCUAAAGUAGGUAGUAUUCAAUGAUCUUGUCUUUAACUAAAUCAGUGUGCCAUACACUGUCUGAAGAGAACAAGUAUUUUGCUCUUACAUAUGCACCUUUGUGUCUGUGUGUAUAUGUACAUACCUCUGCAUAUGUGUGCAUACAUUUAUACAUACUUACAUGUCCACAUACAAACAUAUGUGUGUGUGUAUGUUUCUAUGUAAAAAAAAAAAGUGUGAGUAUACAUGGUUUUGUUCGCAGAUGCCUCAGCACUGAAAUUAUCAUUCAGAAUGAAGCACUUAUCUAAAACAGCAGACUAUUAUAUAAGUUAACGCAAUAUAAAUAGUGUUACUGGGUUUGGUUUUUUUUUCAUUAGAAACAGCUUAUAAGAGCUGUAGGCACUUCAUUUUGUCUCUGUGCAUUUAUUCUCAGGAAACUUGUUUGUGAUCUGCAGCAUGGGGAGUAACUGGUUGGAAUGUACCUCUUUGGGGAUUUCCUGGACCUCAGCAGUGUAAAUCACUUGUCUGAUACAAUUUAAACUGGUUCUAGCAGUUUUACAUCCUGGGAAAAUGCGUGUGAAGUUCACAUUGCCUUUUGUUGUUCUGUGUAGCAGCAAAUGCAAUUUCUGGAGAGGUUCCAAUGCUGAUCACCCAAUUAAUAUUCACAUUUUGACUUAAACAUUUUAGUCAGGCUGGUCAAACUUUGGAUUGGCAAUACAAGUAUGUGGUAUUGCGCUGAUGUUUUGCCAUCACUACUGUUGCUCUCUGUGAAAGUAAGCAGAAGGGAGCUCUUGGACAAAUUCAAACAAAGAGGAGGAGGAUGCAAGUAAGGACAGGUACACUGGGAGGACUACAGAGAGAUCUUUUGGGCAGUCGGAUUAAGGGAAGACUAAAGUCCUGAUGGAAUUAAAUCCAGCCAGGGAUGUCAGGGGCAACAAGAAAAGCUUUAAUAGGUAUGUUGGUAAUAAAAGGAAGAUUAGGAGAAAUGUGGGCCCCCUCUGGAAGGAAACAGGAGACCUGGUUACCCAAGAUGUGGAGAAGGCUGAGGUACUCAAUGACUUUUUUGUCUCGGUCUUCACUGGAAAGUGCUCCAGCCACAAAAGGGCUGGAGAGGGUCUUUUUACAAGGGCAUGCAGUGACUGGGGCGAUGGAUUUAAACUAAGAGUAGGUUUAGAUUAGAGAUUAGGAAGAAAUUCUGGGCUGUGAGGGUAGGGAAGCCCUGGCACAGGGUGCCCAGAUAAGCUGCGGCUGCCCCAUCCCUGGAAGUAUUCAAGGCCAGGCUGGAUGGGGCUUGGAGCAACCUGGGAUAGUGGAAGGUGUCCCUGUCCAUGGCAGGGGGUUGAAACUGCAUGGGCUUUAGGGUCCCUUUCAACCCAAAUUAGUCUGUGAUUUUAUGAUUCUCUGCUUAAGCAAUGCUAGCUGAAAAUCUUACUUUGCAAAUUAGUUUUUUUCUUUUUUUUUCCUUCAGUAUUUGUCUUGCUAAGGUAGUAUGUUUCAUUUACAAAACAGGAAAAUUAAGUCUGUUAAACUCUUUUUCAGAUUUUUAUUUUUUCAAAUGGCGACAUUAAUUCACACUUUAUCAGAUCAUAGUGAUGAUGUCAAUUACUGUGCCUUCUCAUCAUCGUGCUUGGCUACUUGUUCCUUGGACAAAACAAUUCGUGUUUAUUCUUUGAGCACCUUUGCUGAGCUCCCGUACUCGCCUUUGGAAGGUCACACGUACGCCGUGCACUGCUGCUGCUUCUCGCCGUCGGGACUGCUGCUGGCCUCGUGCUCCACGGACGGCACCUCGGCGCUGUGGGACACCCGCGACGGCCGCAGGCUGGCCGUGCUCCAGCAGCCCGGGGCCAGCCCCGUCAGGGUCUGCCGCUUCUCUCCUGAGCCCACCUACCUGUUGGCAGGGGCAGCGGAUGGCAGCGUGGUUCUUUGGAACGUGCAGUCCAUGAAACUGUACCGAUCUGGGAAAGUUAAAGGUGGCUCUUUGAUGGCUUGUGCAUUUUCUCCCAAUGGAAACUUCUUUGUCACUGGAUCAUCAAGUGGUGAUUUAACCAUUUGGGAUGAUAAAAUGAGAUGCCUGUAUAAUGAAAAAGCACAUGAUCUUGGCGUUACCUGCUGUGAUAUUUCUUCACAUCCAGUAUCUGAUAGUGAAAAUGGAUUCAAAUACUUCCAGAUGGCUUCCUGUGGACAAGAUAAUCGUAUCAAACUCUGGCUUAUUUUGUUUGCAGAUUUCUUAGGUGUUCAGUUAAAAUAUAAAUGCACACUGAAUGGGCACUCUGCCCCAGUUCUGGCUUGUGCAUUUUCAUGUGAUGGACAGAUGAUUGUCUCGGGGUCUGUGGACAAGAGCGUCAUAAUCUAUGAAACUAGUACUGGCAAUACCCUUCAUACUUUGUCUCAGCAUAAAAGAUAUGUUACAACUUGUGCUUUUGCACCACGUAGUCCCUUACUUGCCACAGGCUCAAUGGAUAAAACUGUGCACAUAUGGCAGCUUGACCUUAAGCAACCCUGUGCAGGAGGUACUGUAGAAAAUGAAUCAAAGGUGGCUGUUAAGGACUGGUCAGAGGAUGAUGUUUCAGCCUGGCUCUGUGCACAGGAUUUAGCAGACUUUGUUGGACUUUUCAAAAUGAAUAAUAUUGAUGGCAAGGAACUACUGAAUCUUACUAAGGAAAGUCUUGCUAAUGAAUUAAAAAUUGAGUCUCUAGGUCUGCGCAGUAAAGUUCUCCAGAAAAUUGAAGAACUGAAGAUGACAAUGAUGUCGGUUUCUGUUCCUGAUGAGUUCCUAUGUCCUAUAACAAGAGAGCUUAUGAAAGAUCCUGUCAUUGCCACAGAUGGCUAUUCCUAUGAAAGGGAAGCAAUGGAAAACUGGAUCAGCAAUAGACGAUCUAGUCCCAUGACGAAUCUUCCUCUCCACUCUCUCCUGCUCACACCAAACCGAACACUAAAAAUGGCCAUUAGUCGCUGGCUAGAGACUCAGCAGAAAUAGUAAAACCACUUAAUUUUGAAGGUGUUUGUUAAAAUUAAUUGAAAUUUUACGCAGCUGGAGGAAUUAAUUGUAUCAGAAACAAAUGGAAAAGAAAACUUGUGUUUCUCUUCUGUGGCUGGUUGAACCUUCACUGAUAGAAACUCCCAGAACUUUAAGCUCCUGGUAGUUCUACUUUGUGGUAUUUCUGUUUAAGAAUCAAGUACUCAAACUCAGUUUUUCAAAUAAAAUUUUCUUGUAAUUUUUACUACA